UUCUCUGCGACUGAAAGAUUUUUGAAUUUUCUUCUUCUUUCUCUUCUUCCCCUUCUUCUACUUCUUCUUCGAUUACUUGACCAUUCCAACCCCGUCGCGCUAUACAACGGUCUUAUUUUUCUCUGCUACGGAAAGAUUUGAAUUUUCCGCUUUGUCGUCUUCUUGCGCGAUUCGCUAUGGGCACGAAUGAACGCUCCGAUGUCUCCUCCGAACGCCGAAAAUGGGACAAGAUCUUCAACGGCCUGGUGCACAUGUUGCAGACCCAACAGGAACAGCUGGAGACCCUCGCCCAAGAGCGGAAACUCCUCGAAGAUUGCGUCAGAAUGCAACACGAGCGAUGGGUCUCCGAUGCUCGACUCUACGAGGGCCAGAUUUCUCGGAUGAACGGGGAUUUGGUAGCCCAACAGAUGACACUCUCGUUCGAGGCGGCCAAGUCAGAUUUUGUGACGAGCUUGAAGCGGAGAGAGGCUUUUCUCGAGAAAUUGAAACUAGAAGAUGCAGAAACUGAGUUGGCGGAUUUCAAAGCGUGGUUUGACUACUUCUCUCGUGAAUCCUGUGACCCAAAAGUUCUUUCUCUGAGAAACGGCAGUGAUAUGCAGGGAGAAGAGCGGCGUUCUAAGAUAUUGGAAGGUGAAAUAAGGAGAUUAAAGAGUGAAUAUGAGAAGCUUGCCUUGGAAAAGAGUUCUGAGGUAUCUGCACUGCUGGCAGAGAAAAAAUUCGUGUGGAAUCAGUAUAAAAUUAUGGAAAAUGACUACACUAGUAAAUUAGGGAGUAAUCGUUCUGAAGUUGCAAAAGCAAAUGAGACAAUAGAGAAACUUCUUUCCAGAGUGAAGCAGCUGCAGUCACUGAACGAUGAAAGGGAUGAAAUGAUUGCAAGAUUGAGAAAUAAAGUGGCCGAGACAAAUAAAUUGAAUGAAGCAACUUCCAGAACCUCCCACAAGUUGGAUUUGUUAAAAAAGCCUAGAAGUUCUUCAGUCACACCUGCAUUAAAUUAUUGUACGGCCAGAGCUCAACGAUCUUGUGUGGUAGCCAAGAAGAGCGGCAGCAAUAGAAGUGAUAUCACUGGCCAAAAAGAAUCAUCUGCUGCACAAUUUCCUGAUUCUGAAAAGGGAAGCAGAGUUUCAAAGAGAAAAGGAGUUGAUGUUUUUCCCAUUUCAGAGACCCCAAGAUUGUUCUCAUCCGACUUCAAGGUUCCCAAGCUGAAGACACAUCUAAGAUGACCCCUGAAUAACAUUUUCCUGCCUUUUGAUUUUUUGAUAGGGUAGCUAAUCAUUGUAGAGCUUCACUGGUGGCUACUGUUGUAAUUCUUAAAUUCUUUUGUUAUAUGUAAUUACUUUUUUAGUCUUAGUCUGGUGCAAGCUGUGCUGCUCUGAUGAUUCUUUAAUCAGUGUAAACUGUGUAAUGUAAAAUAGUUUUUUUAGGAUCUAACAUGUUCUUUGUUCUCUCCCGUCUU